GGACCACGUGGCCCUGAUGGUCUACCAGGUGAGCAAGGUCUGCCAGGAGAGGGCAUUCAAGGCCAAAAGGGUGAAAAAGGCUCUGAAGGUGUAGUUGGUCCUCCUGGACCACCAGGUCAACAAAUCAAAGGUGACAAGGGUGAACAAGGCCAAGUAGGACCACGGGGCCCAGCAGGACCACCAGGAAUAGGCAAUCCAGGAAGCCAGGGUAUACAGGGUCCACAAGGAAAUCCUGGGGCAAAAGGAUCUAAAGGUCUUGGUCUGCCAGGUCCAAAGGGUCAACCAGGUGAACCUGGACAAAAAGGAGAACUGGGACUUCCAGGAAUUGGCGUACGAGGACUUAAAGGAGAUAUAGGUCCAUCGGGACUCCCAGGAGAGAGAGGAGUGAAAGGAGAUCCUGGGAAUUCAGGGAAAAAGGGGGAAAAGGGAGAUCAAGGUCCAAGAGGCCCAGAAGGACCCCCUGGCAAAGGACAUGUAGGCCAAAAGGGUGACCCCGGAGAAAAAGGAUCCCAAGGUCUGAUUGGUUAUAAAGGAGUACAAGGCCCAGCUGGACCGAAAGGUGAACCGGGAGAGAGAGGACCACCUGGUAUUGCUGGAUCAUCUAUUCAAGGACCUGCUGGACCAAAGGGGGAUCCAGGACCCAAGGGGCCACCAGGAGAUGAUGGAAUUCCUGGAAAUUCAAUAAUGGGACCAACGGGUAACCGAGGACUACCUGGACCUCCUGGACCCCCUGGAGCAAAAGGCGAUAGCCACAAAGGUGAAGUUGGACCUCCAGGACCAGCAGGCCCCCCAGGACCAGCAGGCCCAAAAGGCGUGGGAGAUGCUGGACAAAAGGGAGACCGUGGAAUAAGAGGCUAUCCUGGGCCCCCAGGGCCACGCGGAAUUGGAAUCAUUGGUCCCAAGGGUAUUAUGGGACAGAGAGGCUUGCCUGGUCUACGUGGCCCCCAAGGCGACAGCAUACAAGGAAGCAAGGGAGAAAAAGGAAAUCAAGGUUUUGUUGGACCAAAGGGAUCAAUAGGAAUUGGCCUUCCUGGACCAAAGGGAGACUAUGGAGAUAAAGGUGAUCCAGGGAGCAAAGGUGCCAAAGGAGAGAUUGGAGAUCCAGGACCUCCAGGACCAAAGGGAACUUGGGGAAAAAAAGGAGAACCUGGUCUUUCAAGAGAAGAAGUUAUCAGACUUAUCAAUGAAAUAUGUGGUUGUGGUAUCAGAUGUAGAGUAACACCACUGGAACUAGUAUUUGUCAUUGACAGUUCAGAAAGCGUUGGACCGGAAAACUUCAAAAUCAUCAAAACUUUUAUGAAAACAGUCAUUGACAAGGUAGCAGCCAACCAUGCUACAACCCGCUUUGGCGUUAUCAACUUCAGCCGUGAAGUGGAGUUGGUGUCUUCUCUGAAGCAAUACACAACCAAAGAAAACCUGAAAUCAGAUGUUGAUAAAAUGCCCUACUUAGGAGAAGGCACGUACACGGCCUCUGCUAUCCAAGCAGCCAUUAAGCUAUUUCAGGCAGCACGCCCGGCAGUCAGAAAAGUGGCUGUUGUAAUAACAGAUGGACAAGCGGAUGAUCGUGAUAAAGUACAACUGGAUACCGUAGUAAGAGAGGCCCAUGCUAUGAAUAUUGAGAUAUUUGUCAUUGGGAUUUUUCAAAGGACUGAUCUUCAUUAUAAUGAUUUUCUGAAAGAAACGCAGCUCAUUGCAACAGACCCCGAUGAAGAACAUGUUUACCAGAUAGAUGACUUCAUGACGCUUUCAGUUCUUGAAAAUAAACUGAUCACAAAAAUCUGUGAGAACGUAUCUGAAGUCUACAGCAGAAAAGAUAAUUUUGUAUCUCAGCCUCAAAGUCCAGAAACUGAAAUUGCUGGUGAAGGUACUAAUAGCCAGUUACCUAAAAUCACUACUUCAGAGAUUCGUAAGGUCCCUACAGAAGGAAUUGGUUACCCACUUAGUCCACCACGGACCAGAGAUACUGAGCCGCUGCCAUCUGCUCAGGAUCACACUGCAACCACCUCUGCUCACAGAGAAUCAAGAUUUCCCCCGCUUUAUGACAUAGCUGAAAUCAGACCUCAGAGUCCAGUUGUCAACCCUUUGUUCAAUGUAACUGCCACUGAAAAUCACCACCUAACUGUAUGGCAAACACAGGUAGCAACAACCCAAAAAGAUCCAAGGUGCUUGGAACCUUUGAAACCAGGGGAUUGUCGGGACUACGUGGUGAAAUGGUAUUAUGACAAGAAUGGCAAUUCUUGUGGCCAGUUCUGGUACGGAGGCUGUGAUGGUACCAACAACAGAUUUGAAACAGAAAAAGAAUGUCGAGAAACCUGCAUUGAUCGAUGA